UUAAUUGUUGACAGCUGCGCUGCAUGCGCGCGCGUAACCGCGUUUGAUUUCGUGAAAAAUACUAAAAAUUCCAAAAUUAAGCCGAAAAAUGUCUUCACAAACCAUGUUGAACGGAGAAGUUACUCCAGUGAAAAAGUCGAGAAAGGAUAGUAACAAAGUGACCGUUGUGUUGGGAGCGCAAUGGGGUGAUGAGGGUAAAGGAAAAGUUGUGGAUCUAUUGGCGGUGGACUCCGACAUCGUGUGCCGAUGCCAGGGUGGCAACAAUGCCGGCCACACGGUGGUGGUGGACGGCCGCGAGUUCGACUUCCAUCUGCUGCCCAGCGGCAUCAUCAACCAGAAGUGCACCUCUGUCAUUGGCAACGGCGUGGUGAUCCACCUGCCCGGCCUCUUCGAGGAGCUGAAGAAGAACGAGGCGAAGGGCAUGUCGGACUGGCAGCGCCGGCUCAUCAUCUCCGACCGCGCGCACCUCGUCUUCGACAUACACCAACAGGUGGACGGUCUCCAAGAAGCCGAGAAGGGCAAGAACUCGCUGGGCACCACCAAGAAGGGCAUCGGGCCGACGUACUCGUCGAAGGCGACCCGCAACGGCGUGCGCAUCGGCGACCUCAUCGGCGACUUCGAGCUGUUUGAGGAGAAAUUCCGCACCCUCACAACGAACUACACGAAGAUCUUCCCGGACAUCCAAGUGGACACCGAGGCGGAGCUGCAGAGGUACCGCAAAUACGCCGAGGAGAUCAAACCGCUGGUCAAAGACACCGUGUCGUAUCUGCACAGUGAGAUAUUGAACGGGAAGAAAGUGCUGGUCGAGGGGGCUAACGCCGCCAUGUUGGAUAUCGAUUUCGGCACAUACCCCUACGUGACGUCAUCGAACUGCAGCAUCGGCGGCGUGUGCACGGGGCUGGGCCUGCCGCCCAAGGUCAUCGGCUCCGUGCUGGGCGUCGUCAAGGCGUACACCACCAGGGUGGGCGACGGGCCCUUCCCCACUGAGCUUAGCGAUGAGACCGGCCGCCUGCUACAAGAGCGCGGGCACGAGGUGGGGGUGACCACGAAGCGCGUGCGGCGCUGCGGCUGGCUCGACCUGGUCGUCGUGCGGUACACCGCCAUGGUCAACGGAUACACCUCCAUCUGCCUCACGAAGCUGGACAUCCUGGACACGCUGGACUCCAUCAAGGUGGGCGUCGGCUACAAGCUCAACGGGAAGAAGAUCGACUACUUCCCUUCUUCGAUCAAAGAGCUCAGCAAUGUUGAGGUGGAGUACAUAACGCUGCCCGGCUGGAACAGCAGCAUCGAGGCGGUGCGCACGUGGACCGAGCUGCCCGAGAACGCGAAGGCGUACGUGCUCAGCAUACAGAACUUCCUGCAGAUACCCGUACGGUACAUAGGGGUUGGCCCCGGCCGGGAUUCGAUCAUCGACGCCGGCGAGUGCUCCUGCCCCGAGUAACUAACGGACCAUUAGUGUCUCAAACCUCUGGAUAGCGACGGGUCAGCUAUCCUCGCUUACAGGACUAAGGGCAGUCGCCGUAUGGCCAGCUUUAUAAACUUGUACCUAGUCAAACUGACAACCAUCAAUAUUUUGAAUGAAUUAAUAGGCUGUUUGUGAGAUUGACAAGGUACAAAAGUGUAUAGCUACUUAUAUAGCCGAUUAUACAGUUAAUGCUACUCAAAGUUGGCUCAAAGCGUAGUGAAUUCGUAAUGCAUACAGAGUUAUUAAAAUCUCAAGAAUAGACAACUUAACUUCCAAGCAUGACGAAUUCACUGCACUUUUAGAAACGCUCAGUUGAAAGGAAUAAGACACCUGCAGCUAUGUCAAUUAAAUACGAGUAUGUCACUUUGAAUAGUAUUUGUACCCUUUGGAAUUGAUUAUUCACGUAAAAUGUGUCUCUGAAUACCUCGAAUAAUAGAACAACUAUGUAAGGCCUUAAAAUAUUGAGUUGGAGGAACACAUUGAGUGUCUCCAUUCAAUAUCUAGCUUCACUAUCACCUAUAGCAAUAUACUUAAAAUAAAAGUUUCUCCACUCCCACUAAAUCUUUAGUCCUUAUGCGAGUAUUGUUAGCAAAAGUAUGAUCGGGCCGUAUUUCUUAUUGUUACUUAAUACUUAAUGUAAAUGCGUGAAAGCGCCACUUAUUCACGACUCCAUCUUAAGUCCGCGUUAUUCUUUGUUCUUCAUGCAAGAAUCAUUUUAGUUCUCUUAAGAUUAUUGUACUUAUCUUUGCGGCUGAAACCUAGCAUUGUUGCUAAACUUGUUUUUAAUUGUACUAAAUAAAUAAAUAGACGGUGCCGACAGUUCAAUCUAGGAUCAGUAUUGUUAUUGUAUCAGGGAGCCAGUUCCGUUGAUAUUUUUUAACUACGAAUAUUCAUGUCAAUCGGCACUUUUAACGGUCAAGCAUGUUGAAGCAAAACCUCAAUAACUGAAAAAAUAUUAAUGGAAUUGUCUCCCAUUGGUUUUCAACCUGAAAAGCUCGGUUGGAACCCGUCGACUUGGUGCUUAGUACAAAAUAUAUCGAAUGGAUAAUUAAGAUCUGUAACACAACUAGAUAGAACGCAUUUUCCAAGAACUCUGUUAUUUUCAUAGCUGGAACUAAAGCUAAGUGUAAUAUUAAAACAAAAGAUGUAGAUACAAUCUACUUGUGUUACUGAAGUAAUUUUUAAUUCCUAGAAAUACGUAUGUAUCAUCUUAGUACAAUUACUAUUAUUAGAUGGCGUAUAUUUUUUUGGAAUAUAACUUUGCAGUUGGUUGGAAUAACUAAAAGUAAGUUAUUAACUAAAUAUAAUUAGGUAUUCAAGAUCGGUGGCCUCAUAAAUUAAUUACAAUGCCGUAGAAAAAUCUUGUCUUAUUUCUACAACAACUUUACUGAAUGCAAAUGAAUUGAAAUAACCAAUUUACAUUUCAAGAAUUAGUUUUUAAAUAAAAAAAUCAAUAAAUAAUAGGUUUUGCCUCGUGAUAUCCUUUACUAUAUAAAAUAUUACUUAAUCCCGUAGGUUGAUGUAUUUACAUAAUGUAUCUAGUGCCUAGUUUCCAAUAUUCUUUUCACUGUUUUAAAGUAUUAUAGUAUCGAUGUUGUAAAUUUGGAUGUAUCUAAUUUGUUCCUAAAGAGUUAAUUUGUAAUAAAAGUUAAAGUGUAGGCUCAGCCAGCACAAUCACAAAUAAAAUAGCAAUACAAUUGAUGAUAAAAGACCUUUUUGGAUAAUUACUAAUAAUAACAACUGAAAAGUUGCCUCUUUCUGUGUCUUGUCUUGUGUAGAACUAAUAUUUUUUGUACAUUGAAAACUGUUACACGUUUUGACUAUUUGGCUUGUUUUGUGUGGAUGCUGACAUAAACUUUUUAAUACACGUAAGGGCCUUUAUCGUAUUAUUAAUAUCAUAGGCCCAUUCCAAAGAUCUUUUAAAACAAUCUUGAAGGCUCACUGGUAUCGCCGUUCGCUUCUGCAUUCUCGGAAAUGUGUUUCUAUGUGAUAUAUUGAUAUCUAUUAUGUAUUUGUGUAAUGUAAAUGUUUCAUUACAGCUGUCUGUCAUUAAAAUGAUGGUUUAUUCUUUUA